AUGGCUGGCCAAAAUGCACGUUUGAAUGUGAUUCCAACUGUUACAAUGCUCGGGGUUAUGAAAGCCCGUCUUGAUGGUACACCGGAUCUGAGCAACUGUUAUGCUCAGCCGCUUCAGCCCAUGUCUUCUUGUCCUAAACCACCACCAGCUCCUGUUAUGUGA